AUGAAUGUGUAUGAAUACGUUCGAGAGUAUAUGUCGCGUUAUGAUUGCUCACACGAUUUCAACCAUAUCCUCCGUGUGCUUGCGCUUGCAAAGCAGCUACUAGCUGAAGAACUGAAGGACAACCCGUGGAAGAAGUUUCACAAGCCGGCCAUCAUUCUGGCAGCUCUUCUUCACGAUGUCGGGGACAAGAAGUAUGCGCAGCCUGGUGAGGACGCUGAGCAGCUAGUGAGUCAAUUGCUCUCAAAGAACGGCUGUCCGCCUCGUUUUGUGGCCAAGGUCGCUUUGAUUGUGCAAUACGUCUCAUACUCGGGCGAGAUACAACGACCGCAAUUGGUCAAGGCGAUCAUUGGCGCGCAUCCCGAACUCGCCAUCGUCCAGGAUGCCGAUCGCUUGGAUGCUAUUGGCGCCGUUGGAAUCGGACGCGCAUUUGCGUACGGAGCGAUGAAAGCCCCUGCUCGUGGCCUGCAGGGCUCGAUCGACCACUUUGUCGAGAAGUUAGAAAACAUCGAAAGCAUGAUGAAGACAGCCACAGGUAAGCGUCUCGCUGCAGAGCGUUCGCGUCGACUCAAAGAAUUUCGACAAUGGUGGGAGGAGGAAGUUGGAGAGACAACAAGCUGUGGCAGCUGA